GAGAUCACCGGGGAACGAAGAGACAUUCGUGCCCCCACAAUGGGUCUUACAAAUAGUAUAUAUAAAGUCACACAACACAAGCAACCGACUCACCAUCUUGAUUAGCAAGCUAGCUAUUCUAAAACUACUACUAUUAUAGCAACAACAAAUCAUUACUGGCGUGAUACUUCUACUGUUUCAUAAUUCUUAAAAGGAAAAUGAGCUGGUCUGGAGGAGAUUGGAUGUGUGGUGUUUGUGAACACAUAAAUUUCAAGAAGAGGGAAGCAUGCCAGAGUUGUGGAUACCCCAAGUAUGGUGGCCAUGACCCUUCAACCUACAGAUACAACAAGACUGAAGCAUUAGCAGGGGACUGGUUCUGCAACUGUGGAGCUCACAACUAUGCCAGUAGAUCAAGCUGCUAUAGAUGUGGUGCAAUCAAAGACUAUUACUCUUCUGGAGAAUAUGGAUCUGACACUUUCCCCCCUGGAUGGAAGAAUGGAGACUGGCUUUGCCCAAGAAUCGGCUGUGGAGUACAUAAUUAUGCUAGCAGGACAGAAUGCUUCAAAUGCAAAGUGCCAAGGGAUUUAGACUGAGAAGAAAUUUCAGAAGGCCUGGAAUGUCAAUCAUUUCCCCCAACAUCUUUCUUCUCCAAACAACAUUCCAUCUUACUUUCUCUACGUCAAGCUCUAGAUAAAUCGUGGAUCAAGGCCCUCUGUAAUAUAGUCAUACCAUUGCUUUUUCAUUUGAAAGGAAUAAGGAUAUUAUUGCUUCUAAUCGUGGAUCAACAUCUUUCCAUAUUUAUUACUGAGAUAAUUAAGCUUUAGAACCUACUUUACUUUAACCCUACCCCCAAACAUUCCCUUGUUAGCUUUCACUACCACUAUUUUCUUUUUAUAGAUGUUAGCUUCCACUA